AUGGCGGAGCUAAUCAAUAAUCCACAACCGCAUACAACAGAAAACACGAAUAUGGACGAAAUUGUUCCCAAUUUGUGGGUAGGCAAUAUUCUCUCAACAUAUAAUACCCAAACCCUAAAAGAAUAUAAAAUCACCCACGUCCUCUCACUCAUCGACAAACCCCUCCCACUUUGGCUCACAGCCAAAUACAAAGAAUGUGGCAUAACACACAUAAGAUACCAGAUCCUAGAUGAAGGAGAAGUAGAUAUCUUGCCAAUUCUGGCUGAGACUUAUGCUGUUAUUGAGAAGCAUAUCGGUACUUCGGGGAUAUUGGUUCAUUGUGGGCUUGGAAUUAGUAGGUCUGGGAGUGUGGCUGUUGGGUAUCUGAUGCGAAGUCGUGGUAUUGGAAGGGAUGAAGCUCUAGCUUUGGCGAGGGAGAAGAGAGGGAAGAUUCAGCCGAAUGAGGGGUUUUGGGGGCAGUUGGAGGUCUGGGGAGCUAGAGAGAACCAAGUGGUCAAUAUGUAA